AUGCUGAACAGGCUGCGCAGCGGGCGCAUUCACCCCGAUGUGGCGGCUGCCGGCGGGGGCCCGCGCAGCCUGAGCAAGACGAGCAGCGCCAAGUCGUUCCGGCGGCAGGUGUCGGGCAAGUCUGAUGCGCAGCGCGAGAUCGACCGCUCGCUGGCCAUGUCGGACCAGGACCACGCGGCCUGGCUGCAAGACAGGGUGAAGCACGACGGGCGCAAGGCGGCCAUGGCCCUGCUCAAGUUCUACCUGCGCAUGCUGAAGCCGUGCGUGGUGGUCGCCGCCUACGUGGCCGCCAUGUACGCCGCCAUCUCCUGGUCCAUCCCCAACCUGCUCUGCAACUCCAUCGCCAAGGAGAACUCGGGCUCCCUGGUGUCUGGCGAGUGCAUCUACAUCGACACAGGCAACAAGGGCUACUCGGUGGCCUGGGGGCAGAAGGUCUUCUUCCUGGUGUUCUGGACCGUGCAGGCCGCAUGGAUGGCCGGCUUCUGCGCCUACAUGACCGCCAUCCUGUUUGGCCCCGCCUUUCGCAAGCGGGAGCGCAUGGCGGUGUACCUCAUCACCCUGCUGGCCGCGCUGAUCAACCCCAUCUGCGGGCCCCGCUUCGGGCUGGCGAUGAACAGCCCGGGGAUCAUCCUGGGGACCGGCGUGGCCAGCUUCUUCAACAUGCUGAACACCAUGAACGCCCCCAUGCGCUACUCCGCCAACCCGCUCAACCGCCUGCGCUGGAUCAACAUGCUGUUGCUGGCCUCCAUGGUCUCCAACAUCUACCUCUUCCUCAUCCCCAUGGCCAUCACGGCGCGGUCGGCCGACGCCUUUGGCGGCAUGGGCAUCACCUUCCUGCGCCUGGUGGUGCACCCGGCCAUGUGGGCCACCAUCCUGGUGACCUUCCGCUUCAUGCUGCGCAACAUUGGCUACAUCCCGGAGAUGCGCAGCAGCAUCCUGCUCUGCUGGCCGCUCAUCUACUCCUCCCUCUACGGCCGCUUCCUGCUCCUGCAGGCAAGCAGCGCUGCGCUGCCGUCGCUGCUGGGGCCACUGUGCUGUGCUAUGGAGGGCGCCGGCAGCGUGGUCAUGGUCAACCUGCUGAUCGCCUUUGUGGAGAUUGCUGGCCGCCUGGACGACCGCUCCAGCGACGGCCUGCUGCUCAAGCUGAUGUACGGGGAGCGGGCCAGGGACGCCAUCACUGCCGCCAGGGACCAGGAUGAGAAGCGCAUGUCUGAGGUGUUCAUGGGGCUGAUGACGGAGCUGACCAGCAUCUUUGCCGCCUCCUUCAUCCUCUCCCUGGGCGGCGUGGCCCUCAAGCAGGGCGUGCCGCCAGACCACAAAGCCAUCUGGGUCAGCGCGGGGCUGCAGGCUGUCACCACCCUGGUGUCUGAGUUCAUCGGCAUGGCCAUGGAGGGCAAGUACCACUGCUUCGAGUGGUCCCGCGCCUACACGCCCAUCCCCGUCAGGAUCACGGUGCUCAUCCUCGUCAUGAUGACCUUUGGCGCCUCCAGGCUGUGCCUGGAGGUGAUCGGCAUCUUCUGCCCCACCUACUACCCAGACCGCGACAUCAUCCUGCUGGAGCAGUGCGACAAGCCCUCGCUGUUCCAGGCCAUCACCUUCUCCUCAGCCGACCGAUUCAAGAUGAUUGGCUCCUUCUUCAACUACACCGAUGGCGUGUUCAACAUGACUGGCGGGUAUGGGGUCAACACUGUGUAG